UAAGAACUAAUCGCGCGGUACACACAGCUCGUCAAGUUCAGUAGCGUCGUGGAAUUGUUCCAACAACGUAAUAAUGGCUGGAUCCGAAGAAAUUCAUAAUUAUCUAGAGGUUGCCAAGAAACUUGCUCUGGAAUGCGGCGAGAUCUUCGAAUCCGCCCUCGCCCUGGGGAAGAGAGUCGACACAAAGAGCAGCGAUUAUGACCUCGUGACCGAGUACGACCGGGCAAUCGAGGCUUUGCUCAUCGAGGGACUCUCAUCCAAAUUCCCUGAACACAAAUUCAUAGCGGAAGAAUCGACCGCAGCUGCGAACGAAAUGUCAGCAUUGACGGACUCGCCAACCUGGUUGAUCGACCCGAUCGACGGUACGACAAACUUCGUUCACGGGUUCUCGCAGUGUUGCAUUUCGAUGGGAUUGACAGUGAAGAAGAGACUCGUGCUUGGCUUGAUUUACAAUCCAUCCAGCAACGAAAUGUUCACAGCGAUCAGGGGCGAAGGGGCAUUUCUCAAUGGGAAACGCAUGAACACCUCGAAAAUCACUGAAUUGAACAAAUCGCUCGUAUACAUCGAGCCGAUGGGGAUUCGACAAUCUGGCAAAAAUCGGGACAUUGCAGUCGCGAGAUUCGAAGCUUUCGUUUGCUCCACUCAAGGCAUCAGAAGUUUCGGUUCUGCUGCUUUGGGAUUGGCUUACGUUGCUCGUGGAACUCUCGACGCCUUGCAUCUCGACCACGUGGGACCAUGGGACGUCGCUGCAGGAGCUUUAUUAGUGGAAGAAGCUGGAGGAGUGGUAAUCGACCCAAAAGGAGGUCCUCACGAUUUGAUGAAUCCAAAAACGAUCGCUGCUGCGACGGAAAAGCUUGCGAGAGAUAUAUCGAAAAUGGUCGUUGACACGGAUCUUAUAACUCAACGUAAACGCUUAACGAGAGUUCCGAGCUCGACGAAGCUACUCUGAAAACUGGUCCAACCGAAGUGCAUUCGGAGUUUCAUCGAUUGAAGAUUUUUCCACUUCGCGAAGACGUGAUUCAGAACUAUGUCAUUAUCGUAGGUAGAAAAAACUCAAUUUAUGUAAAAAUGAGACAUUUUUCUUCUGCUCCAUUUCAAAAAAUGCUUCCUUCGUGAUUGAACAAGAAAGGAAACCGAGAAAAAGAUUUUCUUCGUCGUCGAUUUUACGUUACAAGAAAAAACGCUCGUCUUUUAGAAUUCUAACGAUGAAAUUGGCUCAAAAGUUUUCAGUCAUUCAACGUGCCAUGAAAAUCGUAAUUUUUCCUCAAAACGGAAGCUUCGGACGACCUAAAUUUGUCAUUCGAUCGUUCCAUUUCGAGUGAGCUCAAAUUUUCAUUGCACAGAAAACGGAGUGUUGAAAACCGAGCACAUUCGUUUCAGCGUUCAUUUUAGUAUCUGUUCGAGUUAAUCCGCCUCUAAUAAUACCUCGGUGAUUACCUCAAUCUUAAAAAAAAAGCCUUAAUUAUUAUAUAGAUAUCCAUGAAUAUUCAGCAAAACUGCGUAUAAAGCGUUCAAGAAUUUUCCAUCGUAUCGCGAUCAUUUGUGAUCCGAGAUACCUUCGACUCGUGGCUGUAUUACGAUGCAUUAAAAUGUGGAAAAAAAUCACCGUUUGAAAAGCACCAGUGAACACGAGAGUUACAAAAGAUAAAAUAAAAAUAAAAAAAAAACGAGGUUUCAUGCCGGUAUAAACGGAGCUGCCAGAUCUUCGUCGCAAAUAUUGAAUUUGUGUUCGAAUAAUAAAGUCAAAUUUACUGUCGUUCAACUUUGCAGACGAGUUUCAAUGUUUGAGUUGCAUUCAGAGAACAAUUUAUCUCACCUCCGUCACCAUUUUCUAGUUCUCAUUGAAAUAAUAUAUCUCAAUUGUUCCGUGCUGCGUACCGAGUUUAGCGAUGACUAAAUUAUACGUUACGGAUCAUUUGUUUGAGAGAAAAAACUAAUUACCGUUACCGAUAACUCAUAACCAUUCGCAACGACCAUCGAUUGCAAUAAGCGUUGUGGGUGUUCACACUCCAGUUUAUUUUCCAAGUUUUCAUAAAAUUAAUCAUUUUGCACUCGAAGUUUUGCGAAUUUUCGUCCGCAAAAAUGUGAUUCUUCGAAUUAUGCCUAUCGACCAGUUUGGUUUGAAGAAAAUCGUUGGAAAAUGUCUUUUGCUGCGAAUAAAUUAGUCCAGUUGUACCAACCGAUGGAGUUUUAUCAAAAGAAUAAUAAAAAUAUUUAAAAAUUC